CCUCCCCCUGAAUGCCGCACUCUUCUUUUCAGGCAGGGUGUUGUCUCCUGCCUAAACCAUCCUGUUUAGUAAUUAGUAAUAGUUAUUAAUUAAUUAAUUAGCUUUAAUUAGUUCAGUUCCUCGUUAUGAUGGAUUAUUGCCAUGUAACAAUAUACGUGUUAUUUCUUUGUCUCGCUGCGUGUGGUUUCGUUCCCGUCUCUGGAAAUAUACAGCAGAAACUGCACUAUUUUGAAACCCUGAAAUCUACAGACAUUCACAUAAUCACUAAACGUAGCAUUGACGCCAACCCCCAGUCACACCUUAAGUUUGUACACCUGAAAGGACUAGGCAGGGACUUCAAUUUUUAUUUACGUUCCAAGCAGCAAGUUUUGACCUACGAUUUCAAAGCCACUGUAGUCGAUGCAGAUGGUCACGAAGCUUCGCUUUUUGUUGAUAAGAAUGCCUUUUAUGAAGGAGCGCUACAAGACGAUGCUCAGUCACAUGUUGAAGCUGUUUGGGAAGGUGAGGACUUACUGGCCACCAUAACCACACCUAAUGACACCUAUACGGUUGAGCCCUCUUGGCGCCAUCUCCCCAACAGCAAGAACCACACUAUGAUCAUUUACAAAGGCUCAGAUGUUGUCAGUUUCUACAACAAGACAGGACAUGGAAACCAACUUUUCUGUGGAGUCCAGCCUGGUGUUACUCUGAGUAAAGAGGAGUAUGAGGAAUCUCUAGAAAUAACCAAACGAUUCCGUGAAUCAGGCAUGAAAAAUUUCUCCAAAUAUUCUGGUGAUAAUCAAGAUACUGGCCACCACCGUAGUAAACGUUUCACUCCACAACAUGACACUUGUGAUAUGAUCAUUGUGGCUGACUAUACAUUCUUCAAAAAUAUUGGCAACUCAGACAGUUUGAAUACGGCUAACUAUUUAAUCCACAUAAUGAGCAGAGUCGACCAUAUCUACCGUACCACAGUUUGGGAUGAAAGUAUAGGUUACACCAACAUGGGCGUCAAAAUCAGACAGGUCAAGAUUCAUACAAGCUAUUCCACAGACGCAUCUUAUAACAGAAAGCAGAAAUGGGAGUAUACAAAAUUACUAGAGAAGUUUAGCUGGGAUGCCCGGUUCAAUCACUAUUGCCUUGCUCACCUUUUCACUUUUCAAAAAUUCCAAGACGGGGUCCUCGGAUUGGCAUAUAUAGCAUCACAACGUCUUAACACAGUCGGAGGUAUUUGCUCAUCACUCUUUUACCAAGACGGAUCCUUCUUGACUUUGAAUACUGGCUGGAGCAGUUCAAUGAACACGCAGGGUCACCGUGUUCUCACUCAAGAAGCCAUAAUUGUUACCACCCAUGAAAUUGGCCAUAACUGGGGUAGUGAGCAUGACCCUGGCGAGGGCAUCUGUUCCCCUUCAUCAUUUGACAAUGGAAAAUAUGUCAUGUACCCUUAUGCUGUCUCAGGGUAUGAAUUAAAUAACUAUAAAUUUUCACCUUGCAGUAGGAAAUUUAUAAGCAAAGUAUUGUUAGCAAAGGCCGCAACUUGUUUCUCAGAUGGGAGACAGUUUAACUUCUGUGGAAACGGUAAAGUUGAAAAAAGCAGAGGUGAAGAAUGCGAUGUCGGCUUCUUGGCCAACAGUGCCUUCAACCAUUGUUGCACUGAUAAAUGUGUGCUUAGCGCUGGUGCCGAGUGCAGCCCUGUCAACCAUGAAUGUUGCACCCUGGGCUGCAAAAUUGCCCCUAAAGGGGUAUUAUGUCGGUCAGUUGUAGGUGAUGCCUCUGAUUGUCUCAAGAACUCCAUCUGUACUGGAAACAAUUACAAUUGUCCAACACCUGAGUUUAAAGCAGAUUCCACCCCAUGUUUGGAUGGUGGCAAAUGUAAAGACGGGAAAUGCUUACCCUUCUGUGAAGCUCGCAAUGUGAAAUCGUGCAUCUGUGAUAAUGUAACCGAUGCCUGCCUGCGAUGUUGUUAUGCUAAAGACAAAAUCUGCAGACCUUACGACAGAUACUCAAUGCUGCCAAACGGUCGACCUUGCGCUCAAGGAUACUGUGUUGAUGGUGAAUGCAAGAGAGUGGUACGCAACAUUGUUCAACGAUUCUUUGAUGUUUUUGAGAAGGUUAUCACUGAUGACUUUGGGGAGUUCAUGAAAACCAACAUUGUUACAACAGUGAUAAUCUUAUCGAUGUUUAUAUGGAUACCAGCGAGCUGUUUGAUCUCUCGCUAUGACAACGAGCAACGCAAAAAAGACGAACAAGAAGAAGAAUGGUACAGCCCUUCGAACCGGUCAUUCAUUGCUUCGUCUGCAGAAAAACUGAAAAUUCACACACCCACCUCAGUUUUCAAUGUUUCAGCUAAUGCUUCCAAUGGGCAAGACCGAGAGACAAGAGUCUAACAUUGGUCGACUCAUCUCCCUGCCUCCCGCCUCCCGGCCAAUCGAUCCUUUUCCUUCUCCUUUCACCCACCACUAAGGUUGCUAUUUUUGUUUAAAAAUCGAUACUGUUGAAGAACAAGUUCUGCCUGCAGGAAUAUUGUACAGUUGAAGGCAAAAUUUACCAAAAAAGAUACCAUUUGAUGAAUGCCUACAUUUUUACAUACCUGCAGACCCAAUCACACACACAACCAUAUAUGUGCCCUCACUAUAUGCUUGCUUGUUUGAUUGCUUAGGAUUUGGUAGUUGAAACUGAAAUUGGCCAGUCAGGUUCAUUUUCAUCUACGAAUUCUUUGGUUACUAACCUCACAAUCUUCAGUAUGAAGCCUCUGUCGAAGACCAGAAUGGUAAAUGUUUGGCUGAAGAAUGCAGGUUUUAUUUCUGAGUACAUGCUCUUUCUUUUUUUUUUGUUGCUUUGCCUUGUAGUGGUAUGUGUGUGUUUCCUACAUAUUUUAAAUCUGACCCACAACAGCUAGACGGUGCCGGUGUGGGCAUCAAGUUGUGAUUUCUCAACUCUCAAACACUUGAUGUUUGAACCUCGUGUUUGGUUCAUCUCUUUGACAUUACUUCCCACACACUUUCAUUCACUCUUGCACACAUACACAGAAAGAUAACAAGCUUUUAAUCCCUGAAACUUCACUCAAUCACUUGCUUUAAAUUGGUUCGUUCUCUUUCUUCGUCAAGACAACUUGCACGCUGCUGAUUUGGUUUGUGAGUAAAGGCUCUCAGCUGUUUGGAAGCUGAUGAGUUUGGCAUGGCUGACAGAACAGUGAACCUGUUUCGGCAUCAAUACUUUUUGGCACUAGGGACAGGGGCACACACUCACUCAUGUGCAUGUGCACACACAUACACACUCACAUACACACAUGCAUGCACAAAUACACAUGCACUCUCAUUCACACACACA